CCAAUUACAUGUCUCCCUUUCCCCCCUCCUCAUUUGAUCGGCUCUUAAAUCUAAGAAAAUCCAAGUUUGCGUGAGGAGUGAUCAGAACCAUAAUGACCAAUCUUAGAAAUCCUAGAUUUAACCUCUUUUUGGUGUCUCUCUUGGUUACGUUGGUCCAAAUCCAAACCAAGGUGCGGUGCUACCAGUACAAAGUUGGAGAUCUAGAUUCCUGGGGAAUCCCCAUUUCACCAAGUUCACAACUAUACGACAAAUGGUCCAAAUACCACUACCUCAGCAUUGGUGAUUCCCUCCUGUUUCUAUACCCACCAAGUCAAGAUUCAGUGAUUCAAGUAACAGAGGAAUCCUACAAGAGCUGCAACCUUAAAGAUCCGAUUUUGUACAUGAACAAUGGUAACUCGUUGUUAAACAUUACAUCAGAGGGUGACUUCUACUUCACCAGUGGAGAGGCUGGUCAUUGCCAAAAGAAUCAAAAGCUUCAUAUAACCGUGGGGGUUGGGGGAAACACGAACGCACUUGCUCCAACUUCAUUGCCUCUAAACGCACCCUCUUACCCAACUGUAUUUGGCAACAUUCCCAUGGCUCCCUCUACUUCUUCCUCACCUCACCUAACUUCAAAAUUUUCCCUCAUAAUUAUUGGAUUCUUCCUAUGUUAUGUGCACUGCUCCCUAGCAUAAUGUGACCACCCACAAGUAAAGAUAACUUAGUAAUGUACACGGUCAUACUCUUCUUGAGCUUUUUUUUUUCUUUUUCCCAAGGAAAUGUAACUAUUGAUAGAUAUUAGUACUUUAGUUUUUUUUUCUUCUUUUAAUUUAUCUGGUUUUUUAUUUUAUUUGUGCACCUGCGCGGGGUUUAAUUUCCUAUAAAGUAACUGUUUAUAGGAAAUUGUUUUUCUUUUUCCCAAGGAAUUGUAAUUGUUUCAUCAAUAUAAUGCUAUAUGGUUAUGAUUUAAGAAUCCCAAAA